AUGUCUCAAACCUCACGAAACCGCAGAGACAGCAACAACUCGUCAGAGUCAUCAGACUGCUCAACAUCCUCACAAUGCUGGCCAUGCUCAGCGAGCUCUUCGAGUAACAACCGGCAUGAGGAAGAUGCUGCCUCCACCCUGGUGACCGGCCCCCAGUACGAUACCACCAUCUCGGAACUCAUGUCUAUGGGCUACGAGAAAGAACUGGUAAUAGCCGCCCUUGACGCCAGCUACAACAAUCCGCACCGAGCCGUAGAAUAUCUGGUCACCGGAAUUCCUGAGAACUCAGAACUGGAUCGUAUUUCCAUCCAAGAGGUCCAGUCGUGCCAACAGACCUCGGCGGCGGAGGCAUUCAGAGUCAUCCCUCUGGAGCGCAGGCGCAACCACCACCAGCUCCAAAAUCUGCGGCAGGGGCUUCAGCAGAACCGGGAACUGCUGCCCACCAUCUUCCAGCAGCUUGAUCAGGAGAAUUCGGAGGAAAACAGCCAGCAUGAGCCCUGCAUUCAAACCAUUACCGAACCCCACAGGGAGCUGGCAGAUCUCUCAGAAACCGAAGAGGACAUGGAGGAUACAUGCGAAGAAACAACACAAAUCAACUACAUUGAAGUGACAAAACAGGAGAAAGAAGUUAUCGAAAGACUGCAGGCUCUGGGCUUCACUGAGAGUGUCGCGAUCGAGGCCUACAUUGCAUGUGAGAAGAAUGAAAAUCUAGCUGCCAAUCUUCUCCUGAACCAGAGUUUUGAGGACAGUUAA